UUUGUCCCUUGAGUUUCAAGCUUAUAUAUUAUCGAGGGUAAUUUGAUGAUACUAUUGUCGUAUUUAAUGAUCCAGAACACUUUUGAAGUAUCUUAAUUACUGGUUUAAAAUUCACAGAAGAACAUCAACUGGCGCUUCCUAUUACAGUGAUAUGUAACACUAAUGGUUGACGGAUUAUCAUGACAUCUCGAUUGUCUAUGAUCCUGUUGCUUGCUUGUCUAACAUGUCGGCCAUGUGAGGCUGAAUCUGCCAGUAUUCAACAAUUCUCAGAUCAAACAAAAGAUAUCACAACUUCAGACUUCUGGAGGCAUGUUGACCUGAAGUCUCAAGAAAUACCCGAAGAAAUUACUCAAAAGGCUGCAGACAUUGAUGUCAAAGAAACCAGUAUCACUAUUGAUGAUGUCAACGUUUUCUACCGUGAAGCUUUACCUAAGGGAAGUUCCAACUCCCAUAUAUCCAUUCUUCUGCUGCACGGAGCAGCAUUUUCUUCAGAAACCUGGCUGAAUCUGGGCACUAUACAAAUGCUGGCUGCAAUGGGCUAUCGCACUGUUGCAAUAGAUAUACCUGGAUUUGGUAACAGUAGAAGGAAGAGAAUCCCUGAACGCGGCGAGUUCAUUAACGAUAUAGUUAAAGCCUUGAACUUGAUACGUCCAGUGGUGGUCAGUCCUAGUAUGAGUGGAGCUUUUGCUCUUCCUUACUUGUUGAAACAUUCAACGGACAUGGGUGGCUAUGUGCCGGUUGCACCUGGGGCUACAAGCGUUCUUGAAAGACAACCUUGUGGUAGUGAUCAGUCUAAAGAAAUGCCUCUUGACAGUGUAUGUGAAAGCUUAAAGAACUACUUUUCACUCCCCUUUCAUGACUUAAGUUGUCUUAAGACUCCAACUAUGGUGGUGUUUGGAGAGUAUGACCGUGGGAAAAAUUCAGCUGUAUUAUGUUUGUUACCAAGAAGUCAAGGAGUUGAGAUUCCCAAAGGAAACCAUCCUGCUUAUCUAACUAACCCAGGGCUUUGGCACAAACUUCUCUACAACUUCCUACAUUAUGCUGACCAGCUGGCGGCUAAGACCCAAUGAAACAAAGCUAGCAGAAGCCAAGAUGACAUUUUACGUGUUUGAAAUAUACCUUAUAUGAUUUGUUAAUUCUUGGCUGUGGAUUGUGAGAAAAAAGAGAAGACUUGUAGUAAGAACAUUAAGAAAUACAUUGCAAUUCAUGUUUUAAAACAGUUUCAUGUAGUGAGAAGUUUUUUUUUGCACAUGACUUGCAUAUUGAAUAUUCAUGAUGCUAAAAAAAUGUGCUAAGAAAACGUAUCAUUGAAGUGAUAAUAAAUUUUAGAAUUAUGCAGAAA